AUGUCGUCGACAUAUUUAUGCGGCGUUGACAUAUUUGGUAAGACCUACCUGCUGUCUACCAGUGGACAGUUCUGGAUAGAGUUGAAAGGUCAACAGCUGGAGAUGAAGCGACUGUCUGCUGUACACCAGUGUGCAUGGGGUCUUGGCUGUGAUCACCAGGUGUAUACCUACGUGUAUUCAACGGAUGUACCAAUUAGAUACCAAGUAGAAACAUACGAGAACCAGAGAUGGAAUCCUGUUGAUGGUUUUACAUCAAAAAAGUUGUUGUUCAGUGAUAGAUGGCAGUGGAGCAAUGAAAAAGGAACAAAAUAUUGUCCGAAGGAUAAAGUUAAACUUCCAUCAGAGCAUUGGAGUUGGGAAGGUGACUGGUAUGUUGAUGAAAACAUGAAAGGAGAGGUGACCGGUAAAGGGGGAUGGCAGUAUGCUGUGGACUUUAAAAGACGUUACACAGUAGAACAGAGGUGGAAUUCGUGCGUUAGACGGCGACGGUGGAUCCGAUACAGACGAUAUCAUGCUUCAGAUACCUGGGCAAAGAUUCCCAGCCCAUUUGAUGACCCAUUACAAGAACCUUUUAUUGAUAUUUCAGUGGGUGGGUAUGACUUAGCAGGUCAAGUUGAAGGUCAUCUCCUAGUAUGGGCAGUUACAGUACAAGGAAAAGUGUUUGUACGACGUGGAAUACGCAGUCACUGCCCAGAGGGUACUCAUUGGAUGGAAGUAGAAACGGAAGAUGGAAGAGAUGCUGUACAGAUAUCGGUUGGCCCCACAGGAUUAGUCUGGGUGGUAUUACGAGAUGGAAUGGCUGCUGUUUGGUUUCGUAAAGGUAUUCACGCUAUCAAAGCUUACAUCGACAGCUUUGCUGAGCUAGGAUUGGGCUGGGUUGAAAUGGUUGGAAAUAUGUUACAGGUUUCCGUUGGGCCAAAUGAUCAGGUUUGGGCUUUAGGAUAUGAGGACAGGACUUUGUACUUCAGAACGGGUGUGACAUCAGCUGAACCCUAUGGUAAAACAUGGAAAGUCAUUGAAUGCAAAGAACAACAUGCAAGUUCCAUGUAUUGCAAUAGCAGUACGACUAGUUUAGUGACUUUGCUACACUCUAUAUCCAUGUCGGAAAUCUAUGAGAAUAAACAGCAGGCUGAGUUUACAAAAGGCUUGAUUGAAUCCAUAAGUGCAGGCAAACUGUCACGCUCACUUGAAGAUGAGAGUUCACCUUUUGUAAACAGUUGUGAUAGUCUUACUGAUGGAUAUGCUAAAAAGGUGGAGUUUUUUAUGAGUGAGGACGAGGAUAUGAAAAGGACUUGUACAAGAAAGAGAACUGGGAGUAGUCCAUCAUAUGGGUAUGCACCAUAUUGGGAUAUGGGAUCCCUGGAUGAAAAUAAAAGUGCAGAAUGCACCCAACCAGAACAAUCACACAUUGUGGAAUUGCUUCAGUCUUCCAAAACAUGCGAUAGGACUGACAUAGAGAAAUUUACAGAUGAUCCAAGUAGGUUGUCAUCUGCUUGUUCUGUCAGUAUCCAUGGAAAUGAUGAUGUCAAGAACUCAGAGGAGAUAAAUGAUCAUGGUUCCAAGGAGAAUCUUUUUAUGCUGGAAGAAUCAUGUGUGUAUCCUGAUCACUGUCGUGAGACAGGAUACAUCUCUGAUGCGUCAGAUACUGUUAUUGAUUUUGUCAGUGAUUUUCAUAGUGAUGAUGACAAAGAAGCUAUUAAGUUUAACAGCAAUUUAGAGUCUGUGUCGUUUCAUAAAACUGCUGGUGCUAAGACUGCGAUUGCAGAUGACAAAAAUCAAAUUUCCAAUUGCACUCAAAAUCUGGGUGCACAGAUUCCAAAUCUUACAAGUGAAGGACAUGUUAGUAUUGAUAGUUUCCACCGAACUCUGAGUGACCUUUGCCAAUACUACAGCAGCGGGGAUGUCUCCUGGGUGUGUGUUAGUGGAGGCGGUUGCUUCUUGGAUCCACAGUCACUUCCGAAUUGGUUUUCACAGCCUAGGUCUUCCAUCAGUGGUGAUUCAGUUCAGAGUAUGUCUGCUAUAUACAGGAAUAAGAUUGCCAAUGGGGAGUGGAGACUAAGUAUUUUCCGAAAGCUCCAGGAGAGGAAUGUUUCAGAGGUCACUGGUUAUGAAUCCUAUACCCCAGCAGUGGAAAGGACAUCCUGGGUGAAGAGAGGCUGUAUGUUAUGGUGGCAUGAACAGAAACCAUUUAAGUGGUUUGAUUGCAGUGUGGAAUUAGAACAAGGUGUUGGUGUCAAAAUUCAAGACUCUACAUUAACUGUUUAUUAUCACCACCAUGGCAAAUCACGGCAUGUGCAAUUACCUCUGAGUGAGAUAACCUGUGUGUUGAAAGUGAAUGGUCCUGACUCAAGGUGCAACAAAUCUGUAUUUGCUGUGAUCACUGCUAAAAGAACAGUCAAACGAAAACCGCUUAGACUUGCAGCUAAUUCUCACGAGGAAAUGGAAGACUGGUUAUCAGCAAUCAGUAUGAGCUGCUGUGAUGUCAAAGGAUUGAGACUAGCGCCCUCUAACAUGGCUUUAUGGAUAACUUCCUGUCAUGGUGACAUCUUCUUUCAUGAACCAUGUCCCGAUAUAGAAACCAUGCCAUGUAAUGAAAUGUAUUGGUGUCAGAUGGGUGGUCACAUGUCAAUGGUUGAAUGUUGCCCAGCUGGUGUAGUCUGGGCAAUUGGAUAUGACAAUACAGCCUGGGUGUACAGUGGUGGAUAUGGAGGAGGUCCAUUCAAAGGAGUAAUUAGCCAUACUGCUGGUAUUCACAAACAGACUGACUGCAAAAACAUGUAUAUGUAUCAGAAUCAACGCUGGAACCCAAUAUAUGGAUUUACUGAUAGAGGAUUUCCUGGUGAGUUAAUGACCUCUGGUGAUUCAUCAGCAAUAUCAAACCAUCCACAGCAAGUUAAAUUACCGUCACCACACUGGCAAUGGGGUAGUAACUGGUUACAUGUGCCUACUGAUGGACCGUUCCAAUGUAUAUCUGUUGGUGGUGGUUACAGAGUUUGGGGAAUUGCUAAAGAUGGAUCUGUCUACCUGAGAAAUGGGAUAAAUCCAAACAAUGUCCCAGGUGAUUGCUGGUUCCACAUAUCCCCUCCACAUGUUCCACUAAAACAACUCUCAGCUGGCAAGACAUCAGUGUUUGCUGUAGAUAUUAAUGAUGGUUUGUGGUUUCGUAAAGAUAUAACUCGUACCUUCCCAGAAGGCACUACGUGGAUACACAUUUGUAAUAAUGUAUUCAAAGUUUCCGUUGGACCACAAAAUCAGGUGUGGAUACUAGCUGCCAAAGUAGAUGCAUCUAGAAAAACUGUAUGUAGAAGACUCGGUGUCAGCUCGGAUAACCCAAAAGGAACUACGUGGGAUCUUGGAAUUGGG